AUGUUUAAGAUCGAUACCCAGGCACACCAGCCGAAGGAGAAAGACAUAGAGCCAUCUUCUCAUCGGACACUAGUUAACGAUUCAGAUGUUCAUGGUCGAGAUAGGGGUUCUGACCCUCAUGCGCGAGAUCGGGACAAGGAGCGAGAUGAAGAGACUGACCUGCUCUACUUAAGUUAUGCAGUAGAUUCUAUUGAAGCAGCAUCAAUAGAUCCAGUUGUUUAUGCGAUGAUGGAGGUUGAACCAGGGUUCAAGAAGGGAAGAAUGUUGAAGCGUUCACGGAGGAGGCUGACUUUAAAUAGGGAUGGGAAGACGACGAUGACCGCUUCUGAAGCUACAAGCAAAUCUAAACCUGAAAAUGAUGAUAAUGAGGAAAACUGUGUGAUCACUGAACUAGAAGAAAAGAAUAAUGAACAACUGGAAAAUGCAGAACUAGGUGCUCAACCGAUGAGCGGUGAAAGUGAAAAUGGAGAAUCUGAUGAAGAAGAUGCAGAACCAACACAAGUAAUACCUAGAUAUGUCAUACUGAAUUAUUCACAAGAAAAUAUAAUUGGUGAUAAGAAUGCAGUACCAAAUACUGAGGUAUCACCAAAUGCUGCUGAUUAUGAGGACAUUGAGUUCGAUUUUCAGCACUUUGGAGAUGUACAAAUGAGUAAUGAAGAUCAAUUUCAGAAUAGGAAUGAUCUUGACACAAGUUAUUCAUUUUCUUAUGAUCAGCAAAUGAAUGUCAGUCAUGUAGCUAGGGAUACUUAUGAGAAUUCUAAUUAUUCAUCUUGUGAAGAUGAUAUAAGAGGAGAUCAAGUUAUGUAUCUAAGUCAUGAAUCUGAAAAUGGAAGUUUGAUAUACUAUGAAGAGGAUGUGAAUGUGGAUGGCAUGCUUGAACUGGAUAUGGAGUUCUUUGCCUUUGAUAAUAAUGUUCAUAGUGCAGAUGUCAUUGAUGAAAAUGCUGAAGUGGAUGUAAGUUUGAAUGAGAAAGACUUAGUCGAGGAGUUGCUUCAGCCAGAAGUAUGCAUUCUUUUCCGUGAUUGGGAUAUUGACAAUGCUGAUGUAUUGAGUUUGGUGAACAAGGAUAAUAUAAAGUGUGAUCAGCAUAGUGAAAAGAGUAACAUCAAAACAAGAGAUGAACAUGAAGAUGAAUGUACAGAAGAACUACUUGUCCCUUUUGAAGGCCCAUCUGAUGAAGAAGCAAUGGAUGAUAUUUUUAACUAUGAUUUAGAACUUGAGGAGAUUAUUGUUGAUGGUGAUGAUACAAAAUUAUCUCCAUGUGAAGAAAUAUACUUGUUUGACAGGGAACAAAUGGUUGUUUCAUCCAUACUUGAAAACCAUGAGGAUAUUUUGACAGGAACAAAAACUUGUAUCAGUAACAAAGAGGAAGAAGAAUGUGUAUCAUAG